AUGUCUUCUGUAAGCAAGGGUGAUAGGAAGGCUUCCCUUGAUGCAGCAUCGUGGUUGUUCAAUGUGGUCACAUCUGUGGGAAUCAUCCUUGUGAAUAAGGCCCUGAUGGCUACAUAUGGUUUCAGUUUUGCUACAACUUUAACUGGUCUGCAUUUUGCCACGACAACUUUGUUGACACUCAUUCUUAAAUCGCUUGGAUAUAUCCAGACCUCUCAUCUUCCAUUAUCCGAUAUAAUCAAAUUUGUCUUAUUUGCAAAUUUCUCCAUUGUUGGGAUGAAUGUGAGUUUAAUGUGGAAUUCUGUUGGUUUCUAUCAGAUUGCUAAGCUGAGCAUGAUUCCAGUAUCUUGUUUCCUGGAGGUAGUCUUGGACAAUGUACGAUAUUCAAGGGACACAAAGCUUAGUAUUGUUUUGGUUUUGCUUGGUGUUGCUGUCUGUACAGUAACUGAUGUCAGCGUCAAUGCAAAGGGUUUCAUAGCUGCUGUAAUAGCAGUUUGGAGCACAGCCCUGCAACAGUAUUAUGUCCAUUAUCUUCAGAGAAAGUAUUCUAUUGGGUCAUUUAACUUGUUGGGCCAUACUGCACCAGCACAGGCAGGAAGUUUACUGCUAGUCGGCCCCUUUCUGGACUAUUGCUUGACAGGCAAACGAGUUGAUGCCUAUGGAUAUGGUUUGACAUCCACGUUGUUCAUCAUUCUGUCUUGCACCAUUGCAGUAGGGACAAACCUCAGUCAGUUCAUCUGCAUCGGUAGGUUCACGGCUGUAUCAUUCCAAGUCCUUGGUCACAUGAAGACUAUCUUGGUCCUGAUCUUGGGAUUCUUUUUCUUUGGAAAAGAGGGUCUCAAUCUACAUGUUGUUCUGGGCAUGAUCGUUGCAAUAGCAGGAAUGAUCUGGUAUGGCAAUGCUUCUUCUAAGCCAGGGGGGAAAGAGCGUCGUAGCUUUUCCCUUCCCAAAACACAAGAUUAUAGUUCACUGCCUGUGUCCUCUGAACCAGAUACGAAGGUAUAG